CAGCUGACAACAUGACGUUUUUGAAGCGUUUUCAUUAUCACCUUAAAUUAAUAUUGGUGAUUUUAAUUGCUUUCACUGCUGGUAAUACUAAAAAUCGAUUACGCCAACCGCUUCAUAACCACACGUAUGGUGUGGUCGAACCCGCCAGAAAAAGACGCCUAGUAUUACCAUUAAAGAAAAAAAAUCAAAGAAUGAGAAAAAAAAUACACGACCUCCGCUUCACUUGUGUUUUUUUCUAAUUUUACUGUCAAUAAGCUGAUAAUUCGAUGCAUAUUUUGUAUGCAACAGUUAUUUUGACUUAAUAUUGUGCUCUAUUAUGCACCAAACUAUCGCGGGGAAGGCUCGAGGUGCUUCUAUUAACUAAAAUCAAUAACAAUCUGAAACCAACAAAGUUACGAAGAUGAAUUAUGAAGCCGAACGAGCCAUGAACCAGAAGCGGUUGCGUAUGGACGGAGAGCCGGGCCACGGUGUGGUACAGGGGAACGGAUUGCCGCUCAAUUACAUGGAUAAUGGGCAUCAAAUACCAUACCAACCGUACGCUGCAGCGUACAACACGCACUACCCGCCCCCAGAUGCGUUUGCAGCGUACGGGCCGCCGCCGCCUGGGGGCUAUGCCCCUCAGAACCUGUCAUAUGCCCCCCCGGCCCACCAGAAUUACCCGCACCAUCAAAGUUUUCCUCCGCAGCAGCCGCAGGCUCAACUGCAUAUGCCGCAGUCUCACAUGGUUCAAGGCUACGCCCCAGAACUGGUGCACAAAGCCGCCUGGGCACCCCAGCCGCACCUGCUGCCCCCGCUGGACGCUCAGAAACCGCUCGACGUCAAGCAACUCAAGCCGGAGAUCAAGCUCGAGCCGCAGGAUGUGCAUAAGAGACCGCAUCCGGAGAGUGAAAUGAUGGGCGGGGACCUGGAUCAGCCGAAGAUAAAGAUCAAGACGGACAUCUUCAAGCCUGACGAACUGGCGCACAGGCCCGAUGUCGACAAGUCCCAUGAUGUGUCUCAAAAAUCGUUAUUGUUGGAUGUGCCCAAACCAGUCGAGCAAAAGAAAGAUGAUGGCCUGCCUAGCAUUGGAGUUGACGGUAAACCCGUAGAUAAGCCCGCAGAAGCAUGCAAGCCGGAGGGCUCGGCCGAGGGCGGCGAUGCUCAGCGCUCCGAGGCCAAGAUAGCAGAAAAGAGUGAGGAGGACCGGAAACCCUUCAGCAGUCCGGAACUGCCCAAACCGGGGACUCCAGGGAAGGCCUCUACCCCCGGCCUGGAGCCGAAGAAGCGCGGGCGGCCGAAGGGCUCCACCAACAAGCCCAAGCCCCCCGGCGCGCCCGGCCCCCGCGCGCCCGGCGCCGCGCCCCCGCCCGCGCCCGCGCGCGCCGCGCCCCGCGCCCCGCAGGCGGCGCCGCGCCCGAGGCCGCAGGGCUACCAGUACGCCGUGCGACCCUUCCGGAAGGACUUCUCCGGGAUACAGUUCCGAAGGCGAUGGAGCGACGACUGCCUAGAUUCCUCCCACAUCCCCAACGAGGUGUACUUCGGCGACGUCCCCGUGUCCACUGAAGUCCUGUUUAACUAUUACGACGCCAACGCGGAGCGCGAGCGGCUGGCGGCGCAGGCGGCGCAGAUCGCCGCGCAGAAGGCCGCCGCGGCCAAACUAGCUGCUGCCAAACUGCAGGCGAGAGGACUCAUCUCCAAUGAGGUGACGACAGUGGACUCGUCGUCGACUGACGACUCCUCGGGCUCGUCGGGCAGCGACAGCGACGACAGCGACGAGGAUGCACCUUUAAAGAAGGGCCCCGGGCGGCCUAAAGGGUCCCGCAACUCUGCCCCCCGCACGCCCGGCUCCGGGACCCCAGGGUCAGGCCGCCGCGGCAGACCCCCAGUACCCCCUGAACUGCGGGAGCCCGGUAUCACUGACAUGAAGAAAUUCUGCAAAGCUGCUGGGAUCAGAUUUGACUAUAAGAAGCUUGUCGAAGGCUGCACAAAAAACAAGGAGCGUGUCGGCAAAAUGAUGGACCUACUCACCGCGGCGGGGCUCGAAGGCAAGCCUACGAUGGAAAAGUGCAAGGCGCUCAAACAGGCCAAGGUAGACAAGAAGGAACAAGAGAAACAGGCCAAGAAGGAGGCCAAGGUGAAGAGCAAACCGGCGUCCAACGACGGAGAUGGCGAGCAAACGCCCGAAGGCACGCGGCGUAUGACCCGCGGAGCGACGGGCGUGAAGCCGCGCCAGCGCAUCGUCAUCUCGUCCGACGAGGAGGACGACACCCCCGCCGCGCGCCGCACGCUCUCCAAGCUGCGCUCCUCCGUCAACGAUGACGACUCCGACUAGGGGCAGCGUAUCCUCGACUUCUCAGCCUGGUAGCGGCCCGACACGACCCUACAGAGUCCUAGAAAGUGCUUCGACAGACUCACAGGACUGCGCUCCAUUACCCGAGUGAUAGUGUUCCAUGGAGUGAUGUGACUGGUUGGUUUACAAGUGAUUGAGCAUUUUAUGUUACUGGCUAAUGAUAGAUGUGACUUCUUUUGUGGUGGAUUCCUUUGGCCCCCUUAGAGUCAAAAGUCUUUAUGAAAUUAGAAAAGUCUUUUUUAAAAUUCUCUUUUUAGAGAGUUCACCGCUCUUAAAUGGUUUCUAAUUAAAAUUUCUGGAGCUUAAAUCAGUCUAAUAGCUUUAGAGAUACAGCCGUUACAAGUAUAGUUUGAGCAUUUUUAGAGCUGUGAGCAAAUAUUAUCUGAUUUUGAAAAAAAAAACAAUCUAAAUUUCAUACUUAAUGAAACAUGAAAAAAAUUGUUAAGAUUGACCGGUCCGGUGUUCCGUUCCGAAAGAUCACUAUUUCGAGUCUUGCCCCAUUUUUAAAUUUUUUCUCUAAUAUAAUAAUAAGUAGUAUCGCUCGCAGACGUAUUUGCUUGAAAAAAAUAGUUUAAAUAAUUAGUUGAGGGUAACGCCUUGAAUGAUUUUGUGCUUAAAAAUAUCUAAACAUGUACGGUAACUUCUAAAGGCGUGUUUAGAUGUUUAUAAGCACCUUGGCCGUGCUGAUAUAUUUUUAUGGCGAGCUUUACCAAGCAAGAGAAGUUAUAUCUAUUGUCAAAAUUUGUUUUUUAAUUUCUAAUUGGUACAGACAGCAGCAGAAGUACCUAAGAGGGCCAGGUGUCCACAAUGAUCUGUACACGCGCGAUCGCUGAGAUACUUCUGCUUCUGACUGUACCUAAGCGCAAAAUAUGUAAUUGGCAGCUUUUAGUGAUACAUUUACGUUUGUGAUUAUACUUAUUUUCGAUCUCACAUAAGGAAGCUCUGAAACAGAGUAUAUUAAUGAGAACCGUCGUUUUUGUUUCAAAUUAAGUGCAUUCGAGUAAUUUCGAAAAUCACUAAUUAUUCAGUGUUUUCGGAAUUACCCGAAUACGAUUUACCUUAAGGUAUACCAAGGAGCCUAAAACGAUUGUCUUAAUUCCAAAUUAACUAUAUUAUUAUUUAUCA